AUGUCACUAUCAAUAGCAAGUAUUAUGAAACGGAGGAAGUAUCAACUAAGGGAAACAAAUACCCUUCUUAUUAAUGUUGUAAAUGGAUCACAUUAUGCAAUCAGUACGGAGAAAAAGUCUAAAACAGCUUCAAUUGGUUGUAAUAAAUGUCAUUAUAGUUCUUAUAAUGAAUUGGGUUUGGCUGUACUCAAGCCUCAUGAUUAUUUGCUUUACAAGCCCACACCAAUAUCGGCAGAUGGCGACGAUGAAAGGUGGAAACCUUUCAAGAAUUGCUUGGGAGCUUUAAAUGGCACCUAUACUAAUUUAAGCACUGCACAUGAUGUCCGUGUUCUUCGUAAUGCACUUUCUAGGCCAAAUGGCUUUAGGGUACCUAGAGGUAACUAUUAUUUGGUUGAUGGGGGUAUACAAAUUGUGAGGGAUUUCUUGCUAGCAAGAAAUAUAAUCGAGAGGUGUUUUGGGCUACUUAAAGGAAGAUGGAGUAUACUUAGAAGCCCUUCAUUUGUUGCCAUUCAAACUCAAGGUCGCAUCGUAAUGGCUUGUUAUUUGCUCCACAAUUUACUUAGAAAAGUGAUGCCCACAGAUGAUAUAGAGGAAGAGGAGAUGAGUGAUAACGAUUUAGAUGAUGAUUUCGAUGAUGAAGUUGAUUACAUCACUACAAUUGCAACUUCUGAUCAAUGA